AUGGAGAGCCCGACACAGGCGACAGUCACGCUCUUUGCCUGUCUCCGCGCCGCGCCGGCAGGUCGUCCGCUCACCCUCGACGGCAUGACGGCCAUCGUGCAUGUUGCAGUUACCACCGGCGUGCUUUCGUCCAUCACGCUCGUCCUUGCCGCCGGCGCCGACCGCUGGCGGGUUGAUGCCUCCGGUAAGCCGCCGAACACCAUCAUCGAGGACGCAGCACGGGCUGAUGGCAACCAGGCACCGGCGUUCCUCUUGCGCCUCGUCUCGGCUUUGAGCGGCUCCCAUCCGCGCUUACCCGCUCUCGGGCUGCAGCUCGAGCCACGACGAGCUUGCGCGCAUGCGCUCUGA